GAUGGCGGGAAUUAUGUAAUUAAAAAAAAAAUGAAUUAUUUCUUACCUCAGUAAUAUUUACUAGCUUGAUAAAUGGAAGUGCAAAGAGAUAAAACUGACGUUCAAAAUGUUCGUCUACAAAAUGUUCUCGAAACCUUAUCAAAAUGUAAAAUUGAUUAUUUAAAUGACAAAGAAGAAUGCAAGAAAUUACGCGAAACUAACUUAAAAAUCGAACUGGAACUAAAGGAAGCCCGUGAACUUGAAAAAUCACAUCGUCAUCAUUUGUUAGCGUCUCGACAAAUGAUCGAAAAUUUACAGGAAACAGUUUCACAGUUGGUUUAUUUAAAAAGGGACAUUAAAAAAUUAAGUGACGAGAUUGCCUUGAAAGAUGCCACGAUUACUUCAAUGGAGAAGGAUAAGGAAAAUAUAUUAUUGAAACAUAACGAGAAGCUUGCUGCAAUCCAUGACGUUCAUCAAAAAGAAAUCGAAGAAAUAUUAUCAAAUAAUGAAAAGAAAAUUGAACAGGUACAACACGAGUGUGACACACAGAUUGCACAGUUUACUUGUGUUAUUGAAGAGUUGAGAUGCAAGAUGAAGGAUAUGGAAGUGGAACACAGAGAUAAGAUGAACGUAGUAGUAUUGGAAUAUGAAGAAAAGAUACAGCGUGGGGCGGCCCAGGUUGAUCAGCUACAAGAACAACUGGCCCGACAAGCAGCAAGAACAGAAUCUAGCCUAGACGUAUACCGCCAGAAACUAGAAGAGUUGGAGGAGAAACUUAAACAGAGCCAAUUUAAACAAUACUUAGCCCAAAAUCCUUAUUCAUCGCAAUUCGUAAGUCAAGUUGAACGCCCAUAUUCUGCUAAUCGAGAUCCCUACCCUCAGAAUUUAGACAUGGAUGCAGUGUUUGAUUCACAAAGAGUUACAAAAUCUCAUUUUGCUAUUUCCAAUCAAAAUAAACAACUCAAACCAACAAGUUCCCUUCAAGUUAUUUACUAUGGAAACAAAACACCAAAUAAAAAAUCUGAAAAGAAAGGACAAUUUAACAUUACAAAAAAAAGAAAGCUAUAUAAUGAGAAAGAUUUUCAAGAUUUUUAAGUUACAUUUUGUUAUCUAAUACUUAUAUAAUAAUUCUUUUGUAAUUUACUUAAUAAUUGAAAAAUUAAAUUACUUUGAAACAUUGCACGUCAUUGAUGAUGA